UUGCAGGCAGCGGGGAGCGGCGGGUGUGCGGGGAGAGGGCGAUGGGCUCUUCCCGCUGAGGGCGAGAGUGGGGGGGCAGCCUGGCAGGGGUUGACCUGCUGUCCCCGUCCCCCCACCCCGGCAAGGGACAAGGACGGUUUCCCCCUUCUCCCCCCCAAAAAAAGCUUUGGCGGGUCCAAAGCCAUCCCGGCUCUUUGUCUGGCGGCGGGGGGGGCUCUGCCCGAGCCAGAUGUGCGGGCAGCUGUGGCGGGGAGCGGGCAGGCGGAUGACAGCGACGCUGGGAGACGGGAGGAGAGUCCAAGGGAAUGACCUUGAGGAGGGACCCGAAAGAUGCAGCCGAGUGGGAAAAUGAAUCAUCUGGGGAGGAAGAAAAGGGGAAGCUCUGACUGAAGGCACCAGCCCUGCCCCUGGGUGUUAUGUGCUCUCGCCGGGGGGGACCAGGCAGGGCAGGAGGCAGCAGGGGCUGAUCGGUACCAGGGGCUCUCAUGGAGCAUCUUCUCCCUCGGAUGCUGUCCCCACCCGGCUGUCACCCCGUGCCCUGCUCCGGAUGCUCCCCGUGAGCCUUUCCUGCCUGGGAGGAAGCUGGUCCCACCGGCCGAAAAUGAGACGCUUCCAACCCAGCUCGCUUCUGCUCUGCGUGGUGGCCGCCACCGCCAUCCCCAUCGUGCCCUGGAAGGUGAAAUGCCCCCCGCAGUGUGUCUGCCAGAUCCGGCCGUGGUACACCCCCCGCUCGGUCUACCGGGAGGCUGCCACGGUGGACUGCAAUGACCUCUUCAUCUCCACCGUGCCCGAAGACCUGCCCGAGGGGACCCAGACCCUGCUGUUGCAAAGCAACAACAUCGCCAGGCUGGAGCAGAGCGAGCUGGACUAUCUCAGAAACCUCUCGGAGCUGGACCUGUCGCAGAACAGCUUCUCCGACGUCUGGGACUUUGGCCUGAAGAGCAUGCCCCAGCUUCUCAGCCUGCACCUGGAGGAGAACCAGCUUACUGAGCUGCCCGAUGGCAGCUUCCCCGGGCUGGGCAACCUGCAGGAGCUCUACCUGAACCACAACCAGCUCCGCAGGAUCGCUCCCCGUGCCUUCUCCGGCCUCAGCAGCCUGCUGCGCCUCCACCUCAACUCCAACCUGCUGAGGAUGGUCGACAGCCGUUGGUUCCAGAUGCUCCCCAGCCUGGAGAUCCUCAUGAUCGGGGGCAACAGGGUGGAUGCGAUCUUGGAUAUGAAUUUCAGGCCCCUGUCUAACCUGCGGAGUUUGGUUUUGGCUGGGAUGAACCUGAGGGAGAUCUCGGACUAUGCUCUGGAAGGGCUGCGGAGCCUGGAGAGUCUCUCUUUCUACGACAACAAGCUCGUGAACGUCCCCAAGCGGGCGCUGCAGCAAGUUCCUGGCCUCAAGUUCCUGGAUCUGAACAAAAACCCACUGCAGAGGGUCAAGCAAAGCGACUUCACGAACAUGCUGCACCUCAAAGAGCUGGGGCUCAACAACAUGGAGGAGCUGGUGUCCAUAGACCAGUUUGCCUUGAUCAACCUCCCCGAGCUGACCAAGCUAGACGUGACCAACAACCCCAAGCUGUCCUUCAUCCACCCCAAUGCAUUCCACCACCUUCCCCAACUGGAAACCCUCAUGCUCAACAACAAUGCCCUAAGUGCCUUGCAUAAGCAGACGGUCAAGUCCCUGCCCAACCUGCAGGAGAUCAGCAUCCACAGCAACCCCAUCCGCUGCGACUGCGUCAUCCGCUGGGUCAACAGCACAGACAACCACAUCCGCUUCAUCGAGCCCCAGUCCACGCUGUGCGCCGAGCCCCCCGACCUCAAGAGGAGACACAUUCGGGAUGUCCCCUUCCGGGAGAUGACGGACCGGUGCCUCCCUCUCAUCUCCACCAAGAGCUUCCCUUCCCACUUAGAGGUGGCGGAUGGGGACAAUAUCUCCUUGCAUUGCCGAGCCCUGGCAGAGCCAGACCCAGAGAUCUACUGGGUCACUCCCUCGGGGGUGAAGCUGAUCCCUUAUGCAGAAGAUGGGCGGUACAAGGUGCAACCCGAAGGGACGUUGGAGAUUCAUGGGAUCUCGGCUCGGGACGCCGGGCUCUACACCUGCGUGGCUCACAACCUCCUCGGGGCAGACACCAAGAGCGUCAGUGUGAUGGUCAACCACUCCUUCCCGCUCAGCCAGGACAGCCUGGAGCUGGUGGUGGCGGAUGUCCAGGCCUACCACAUCCUGGUUGCCUGGAAGCCGCAUCUCAACACCGUCUCCUCCAACCUCACCUGGUCCAGCUUCUUGCUCAGCUCCAACUUGGACAUGACCAACGUGGCCCGCAUCCCCAUGGGGACCCACACGUACAACAUCACCCGGCUCCACCAGGACACGAAGUACUGGGCUUGCCUCCACGUGGCCUUUGUAGACUCCCAGGCCAAGGUGGCUUGUGUGAACACCAGGACUAAAGAGGCUUCCCACCGCUACCGGCUCCUGGAGGGCAGGCAGAGCCUCCUGACCGUGCUGGUCCUCUGUCUCCUGCUCCUUGCUGCCAGCCUGGUGGCUCGCUAUGGCAUCGGGGCAGAGCCCAGGAGGGCCAGGGAGCUGCUGCGGGGCGCCACGGCCGUACGCGUGGUCUAUCCCCCCCUCGCCCAGCCCUGGGCUUGGGGGCAGCGUGGGGGGCAGCUCCUGGCCGUGGAGGUACAAGCAGCCCCCCUGGACUGCUGAAGGUUGAUGUGGUGGGGAUGGGG